AUGGAAGAACUCGAGGACCUUGACGCAGCCUCUCAACGUUCAUACCAUGGCCGCUUUGCAUUUUAUUAUCGACAUACCAAAGUUUGGAGCCAUUUACUUUUCUUUUUGAUCUGCACAGGUCUCUUUGUGCCCGCAGCGGUCCUUCACAAAAGUGGAAACCUGCUAGUCCUCUCACUGUUGUAUGGGGCCAUUGUGUGGUGGAUUGCACUUCAACAUUUACCCUCUGGAAUGGCUUCAAAACCAGUAUCGAUUCUCUGGAAUGGAGGUGCAAGAUUAAUCAACAUGAUGCCUAGCUUAGGUGUCAAGGUGAUCGGCUAUGGCAUUCCACCCUUGGCCUUGAUCUUAACUGCAGCGCUAAGAUCGGAUGACGCCCAUGGUACCCGUGCCCAACGUUUGAUCUCCUGCUUGGGGUUGGUGGUCCUCUUAUUGGUUACCAUUGCCUUCUCCAAGAAUCGCAAGGCCAUUUCCUGGAGAAUCGUGUGGACUGGAAUCUUUAUGCAAUAUAUUCUUGCUCUUCUCAUCAUCCGCUGGAGUGUUGGUUACCAAAUCUUCCAAUUUAUUGCUCAGCAGGCCGAAAACUUCCUUAGUUAUGCUUCUCAGGGUCGCGAGUUCAUUUUUGGACCCAACUCUGUGGUAGUAAAUGAUGUACCCUGGCCUUUAGCUAGUUCCUUCGCUGUCUCAGUCUUACCAGCCAUCAUUCUGUUCGCUGCUGUCAUCCAGUGCUUGUACUAUUAUAACAUUGUCCAGUCUGUGGUUGCCACCAUGGCCUCGCUUGUCAUUCACAUUAUUGAUAUCUCUGGUGUCGAAUGUGUGGCUGCAUGUGCUGCUCCAUUUGUGGGAAUGUCCGAGGCCUCUAUGUUGGUCGGUCCCUUCGUCUCAGAGAUGACUGAGGCAGAGUUGCAUCAGGUCUUGACCUCUGGUUUCGCCACCAUCUCCGGCUCUGUUUUCUUGGGUCUUUUGUCUUUCGGAGCUGACGCGACUGCUCUUUUGACCUGUUGUAUGAUGUCUGUUCCUUGUGCCAUCGUCAUCUCCAAAAUUCGCUACCCUGAGGUAGAAGUCCCUCUUACGAAGGGAACUGCUGUGGCUCCAGCUUAUAAGGAUCGUGAAUCAAAUGCCAUCCAUGCUAUCUCGAACGGAGCCAUCUUUGGUAUCAAGCUCUGCAUCGUCAUCGUUGCUGUGCUCUUGGCAGUCAUUUCGCUUUUAGGUCUGGCGAACGGUUUAUUGGGCUGGAUCUUUGGUUUCUAUGGCGUGGAGAUUUCGAUUGAGAAGAUCGCAUCUUGGGUAUUGUACCCUCUGGCUUGGUUGAUUGGUAUUCCAACUCAGGAUUUGACUCCAGCAGCUGAGGCCAUGGGUAUCAAGUUCAUUCUAAACGAAUUUGCAGCCUUUGCCCAGUUCACGAAGAUUCAACAUACAUUGAAUCCCCGUACGGCUUUGUUGACGACCUACGCAAUGGCCUCAUUCGCCAAUGUUGGUUCCAUUGGUACUCAAAUCUCCUUGUUCUUGACCUUGGCACCUGACCGUGCUGAUGCGAUCGCUCGUCUGUCCUUCUCGGCCUGUAUGGCCGGCGCUGUUUCAACUUUGAUCUCUGCCUGCAUUGCUGGCAUUGUUUCUUAA